AUGCCUCGUGUCAUCGUCAGUGCAUCUAGUAGUGCUUUGAGAAGUGCCGUUGUUGAAGAAAUUCACGAUGUGCUUCGUAAGACUGCUCGUGACAAAAUGGAUGUUUCGGUUGGAUUAUCAGGUGGCUCAAUGCCCUCAAUAAUAUCCUCUGGAUUAAUUGCACUUGAUGAUGUUGACUGGAGUCGUGUGCACUUCUUCUUUUGCGACGAAAGAAUUGUCCCUUUUGACGACCCAGAAUCAACUUUCGGAAUUUAUCAGAAGGAGCUCUUUUCAAAACUUUGCCCCGAACCGGUUGUACACAAGAUUGAUCUUAGUGAACCAAGUACGAAAGAUGUGGCGGAGGCCUAUCAGAGGGACCUCUUAGAUUUUUUCGGAGCAAAAAAUGGCUAUCCAGUCUUUGACUUGCUUCUUCUUGGUCUUGGUCCAGAUGGUCAUACUUGUUCUCUCUUUCCGCGACACAAACUCCUGGAAGUUGAAAAUUUGGUAGUUGCCCCAAUCACUGACAGUCCAAAACCUCCACCAAAUCGAGUAACUCUAACACUCCCCGUCAUAAACAAGGCAAACAAGGUGAUUUUUAUUGUCACUGGCGACAACAAGGCCGAGGUUAUAAAGAAAAUAAUCGAAGGUGAGCAGCCCUCCACGGCAUAUCCCGCUAGCAUGGUUCAGCCUCUGGCUGCAAAGCCCUCCUGGCACCUUGAUCAGGCGGCGGCCAGGCUCUUAACCUCCGCCAAUUAG